CCGCUGCCCUGCGCGUCCUCGCCACCCCGCGCUCCGUGCGCGCGCGCUUCCUGCCUCCGGCUUCCAGGGGCUGUCGCUGUCGCCGCCGCCGUCACCGCCGCUGGGCCAUGGGGACCUGCUUACGGCUGCGGAGCUGCGGGCCCGCGCGCCUCCUCCGCGCUCGCCCCGGCCCGGCCCCUGCUCGCUGCUUGGCCGGCGGCCCCGCGGGCCUCUCCCCCGCGCUGCUGCGCACCGACAGCUUCGUGGGCGGCCGCUGGCUGCCCGCCGCCGCCACCUUCCCGGUGCAGGACCCAGCCAGCGGCGCCGCGCUCGGCUCGGUGGCAGACUGCGGGGCACCCGAGGCCCGCGCCGCCGUGCGCGCCGCCCACGAGGCCUUCUGCGGCUGGCGGGGGGUCUCGGCCAAGGAGAGGAGUUCUUUACUUCGGAAGUGGUAUGAUUUAAUGAUGCAAAAUAAGGAUGAUCUUGCCAAAAUUAUUACAGCCGAGAGUGGAAAGCCACUAAAGGAGGCACAAGGAGAAGUCCUUUAUUCGGCCAACUUCCUGGAGUGGUUUUCAGAGGAGGCCCGCCGCAUUUAUGGAGACAUUAUCUCCACCCCUGCCAAGGAAAGGCGGGCCCUGGUCCUCAAGCAGCCCCUGGGUGUGGCCGCAGUCAUCACACCGUGGAAUUUUCCCAGCGCCAUGAUCACUCGGAAGGUGGGGGCUGCACUGGCAGCUGGGUGCACUGUGGUGGUGAAACCCGCCGAGGACACGCCCUUCUCUGCCCUGGCCCUGGCCCAGCUCGCGAACCAGGCAGGCAUCCCUUCUGGUGUGUACAACGUCGUGCCCUGCUCCAGAGCCAAGGCCAACGAGGUGGGAGAGGUGCUCUGCACGGACCCGCUGGUGUCUAAAAUCUCCUUCACUGGCUCAACGGCCACAGGAAAGGUCCUGCUGCGCCACGCAGCCAGCACUGUGAAGAGGGUCUCCAUGGAGCUCGGCGGCCUCGCGCCAUUCAUCGUCUUUGACAGCGCCAACGUGGAUCAGGCCGUGGCAGGGGCCAUGGCGUCUAAAUUUAGGAACACUGGUCAGACUUGUGUUUGCUCAAACCGAUUCUUGGUGCAAAGGGGCAUCCACGAUUCCUUUGUAAAAAAAUUUGCUGAAGCAAUUCAGAAAAGCCUGCGUGUCGGGAAUGGAUUUGAGGAGGGAACUACGCAAGGCCCGUUAAUUAAUGAAAGGGCCGUCGAAAAGGUGGAGAAGCACGUGAGUGACGCAGUCUCCAAAGGGGCCACCGUGGUGACAGGCGGGAAGCGGCACCCAUAUGGAAGAAACUUCUUCGAGCCCACCCUGCUCAGCAAUGUCACCGGGGACAUGCUCUGCUCUCAUGAAGAGACGUUCGGGCCACUGGCACCGGUUAUCAAGUUUGACACAGAGGAGGAGGCCAUCAUGAUUGCCAAUGCCACUGACGUCGGCUUAGCAGGUUACUUUUACUCCCAGGACCCAGCCCAGAUCUGGAGAGUGACGGAGCAGCUGGAGGUCGGCAUGGUGGGCGUCAAUGAAGGGCUGAUCUCCUCCGUGGAAUGCCCUUUCGGGGGUGUGAAGCAGUCAGGCCUUGGGCGGGAGGGGUCCAAGUACGGCAUUGACGAGUACUUGGAGGUCAAAUACGUGUGUUAUGGAGGCCUGUAGGAGCCUUCAGUUCUGAAGAAAUAAAGAAGGGAUGUUUACUGACACACAUGGGGACAUUGCAUCCCUCAUUUUAAAUAAAGUAGUAGGCUACUGGAAUUAGGGAUAGUUUAGAAUUUAGCCAGUCCUCGUGCUUCUAAGCAGAUGUCAGUCAUCCCCCUCCUCCAUAAGUGGGGGUGUACCCUGACCCUGGGACUGCACAGCCUGGACAGCCAGCCUGGGUCCCCAGCAUGACCAAUCACCCCAGAGCAAGGUGGAGCGAAGCAGGCACCCUUGGGCCCCUUCCCAAGUGGACUCCCAAGCUUGGGAAAGGCUUGGUCACUGCUCAGGUAUCACAGUCUGGCCCCAGCAUGGGGUGUGAUGGGCGGUGGAUCACAUGAGCCCCUUCCUCGCCUCUUAUGUCAGAGGCAGUGGCCAGACUGACCCCUGGCAGCCUCUGAAGUAGCCCAGAGUUGUCUGCACCACUCUGUGGGCUGCAGAGCGCUUCUCUGUGUCUAGACCGAAAGUCUUCACUGUCCCCAGUUUACUGCUUCAGGUUCUUCUGUUUCCUGUAGAAGAUGUGUCAAAGGUGAAAGCAAAGAUUGGCAGAGGCAGGAUGGUGCAGUGGUGGGCGUGUGGUCUCUCAGCCAGGCUGCUGCGUAGCUCUGUACCUCUGUUGGGAGCAGUACCUCCCAUCCCCCACUCCAGAGCCAUGUGUCACCAGCAGGGACACCCAGCCUGCCUGUGCUCUGGCAACGCCUUAGGUGAGAGGAAGCAGCCCGGCACCCACUGGCCAGCCUGCCGCCGGCCUGAGUCGGUUUCUGUCUGUCCUGGUGUAGCACCACGUACUCUCUACUUGCAAAUGAGCAAAGCCUUUACCACUGUGAUCUCAAAAGAAGAAAUAACUCCCACAAUUGCCAGGCCACUUUGUGGGUUUGAAUUCAAGCACCACUUGCCAAUCAGAGAAUUUAUAUUUCAUCAUGAACUGCCUGUGGCCAGGGUUGGCUCUUAAGCUGAGAGAAACAGUCCCAGUAGGACAAUGCUAGGCUUUUCUAGAAAGGCCUCCUGUUGUGAGGAGGACUCUGGAGGAGUAAAGUGAGCAGAGAUGAAGCCCUUGCGUCUUCCACUCAGGGCACCAGCACAUCCCGUGGGUGCCACAGGUGUGGGAGAAAGGCGUGACUGAAGGCGCACUGUACACAGCUGCUCCUGAGCCCCUGUCUGUACCCCGCACCUCACUGAGCCAUGGAGCGGGAACAGUGUGGCUAAGCAACAGUCUCCAAAGUCCCAGUGCCCAGAGGACGCUUGCUGUCCUGCAGCUGCCACAGACCCGUCAAUACCUGCCAUAGCCCCAAGGCCCAGAGGAAAAGGAGCAGAACUGCCCCGAGCGACACUGCCCAGACCUGUCCAGAGUCAUGCCGGGUGCUGACGGGUCAUUGCUGCUCCACGGUUGUUCUGUAACUGUCGCUUAAGAUUUGUGUCAAGAAUACAAACGCUCUCGUGUUAAUUUCUGGAAGCUGGACACUGCUGCUGAGAUGCGUGGAGGAGUGCUGUCCCGUGCACGUUUAACUGUGAGCUGGUGCGUUCUCGGAGAGAUGGCACUCGAGAGUUUUCUUGCAUAUUUGGCUUACCAGGUACUUAAAUUGAGGGCCAGAGACCACUGAAGUAUCUUUGACCAAUUUUGUAAUUAAAAUAAUUUGAAGGUUUGGGGGGGAGGGUCCAUGGAACAUGAGGCCCCCGCGCCAGUCCCCAGAAGCACCCCCCCAAAAAAAUAUUAAGAUAAUUUGAAAAGGAAAUAGUUUGUUAUUUAGUAAAAUGGUUUUGUGUUGUGGGAAGAAAGAGAAAUAUUUAUUUAAUUUUGGGAGGUAGGUGCAGUCUGGCAGUCCUCCUGCCUCAGCCUCCCAAGCAGCUGGGACCAUUAAGCGUAUACCACCAGCCCCGCUCAGAGUUUUUUAGAUCAACAUUCAUGAGGGUUAUUUUCAAGAAGGUAACCUUAUGUGAUAUAUGGAAUUCUCUUUUUCAGACAUGUGUCUGUUUUACAACAUAACUAAAAAAGACCAGGGAUUGGCAAACUAUAGCCCAUCUGCCCACUCUGGUACUGACUUUUGCAAACCCAAGAACCAAGGACACGAUUUAUAUUUCUGAAUGGCUGGGGGUGGGGGAGAUUCUGAAAUAUUAUUUACGAUUCAUGAAAGUCAGAUUUCAAUGUCCUUCUGUGAAACUCGGCCAUACCUGCUGGUUUAUGGUAUGAAUGGAAGGGAAAAGUCUGCUCAGGAUGAGCCUGAAGGGUCGCUGUGCAUCUCCUCCCAGGAGCCAGCUAGCCCCUGUGCUAGGCUCUGAGGGAGAGACCAACCUUCACACAUUUAUUGGGCAUUACUUCCUUCUACUAAACACUUGCCUUGUCCAAGGUGCUUUGAGCCAGUGCUGCCCAGAGCUCCCAGCAGUGAUCAGAAAACAAGAGUCCACAGCCUUAGCAAGCUCGUCGCCCCACCCCUCCCCCAGCUACACAGGGGUGCUCAUUUCAGGAGGUGACGUAUGGCUGUCUCUACCAUUUGAGGGCUUUGAAGUGUAACUGUCACGUCUUCCCAUGCCGAUCUGUAUUCUUAUGUAGAGACUCAGUGGAAAUGUGGAUUAGAAGCACAAUGUAAGGAAACCUGUGUUCUCAUUAACUGACAUCACGAACUUGAAACUGCCACAGAAUUUGUUUCCUCUAAAGGGUGGAUUCUGAUGUUGUAAUUGCCUGUAUCUAGCUAUUUUAAAUAGCAUUUUACUUGAAUAAUAACAUGCUGUAAAUGCUUCAUGCUCUUUCUUGGGUAAAAUUUGGGGAUAGGAAUAGUGGAAAAAUAUACAGAUAUAUUGCUUUUUAAAGGUGUACACCACUAAUUUUUCUAGUUGCUGACAUAUGCAUCUGUGCCUAAUGCAGAGUUGUACACGUGUAAUUAAUAAAUGCUGAGCCGGCAGAA